GAAAAGUGAGUGAGGUGUGAGGUGCUCAAUCCAGUUCUUGUUCUUGUUUUUUUUGGGUCUUUUGCUCUGUCAGUGCUAUAGAAUAAUGCAACUGGUGGUAAGUGGCAGUGAAAGGAAGAGAGAACCUUUGACUGAGCAUUAAUCCAUUCUUCCUUUUUCUUUGCCAAGAUUUUCAACCCCACCCACUCCCCAGCUCCACCAUUUUUCUCUCUUUCACGGACCGUUGAAUGCUGCAUCCUCAAAUAUUUUACUCGAGAAAUAUCGAAUUCCACUAUCAGAUUAAAGAAACAGAGAAAGGAAAAGGGAACAGCCCGUCUUUUAUUCUUUUCUCUUUCUUUAGUUGUUUGCAUUCUUCAAAAAUCAACUCUGAUUUACAUCACUGCUUUUGUUUUCUUCUUCUGCUGCGGUUUCUGUUUUCUUUUUUUGACUUGUGAUAUCAGUUCUUGCUUCUUGGGGCUGGUUCAGCUCAGCUCAGUUUUGUGGGGUUCUGAUCAACAGCUUUUAUUUAUUCCCCUUUUCCUAUUUUGCUUUGUUUUCUUUGAUUUUGUUUAAUUUGGUGGGGUGGAUGAUUAUGUAGCGUUGAGUUACGGAAGUGGGAGUUUAGUGUAGGAUUUAAUGAAGAAUUUAGGUUUUUAGGUGGUAAGUGUUUCAUGGAUCGGUCAAUUCCCACGAUCUUGUACUCGGGUUUUCUAUGCUUUGUGCUGGUCUUAACGAUAUUUUCGCGGGUUUCUGCAAACGCGGAAGGCGAUGCCUUGAAUGCCCUAAAGAGCAAUUUGGCAGAUCCUAAUAAUGUUCUUGGGAGUUGGGAUCCGACCCUUGUCAAUCCUUGCACUUGGUUUCACGUCACAUGCAAUAGCGACAAUAGUGUUACACGAGUUGAUCUUGGCAAUGCCAAUUUGUCUGGUCAACUGGUUCCACAGCUUGGUCAGCUCCCGAAUUUACAGUACUUGGAACUUUACAGUAACAAUAUAAGUGGAAGAAUUCCUAAUGAGCUCGGAAACUUAACAAACUUGGUGAGCUUGGAUCUUUAUCUGAACAGCCUCAGUGGUCCAAUCCCUGACACAUUGGGCAAGCUUCAGAAACUGCGUUUCUUGAGGCUCAAUAAUAACAGUUUGAGUGGAGAAAUUCCCAGGUCUCUGACUACCAUCUUCACACUUCAAGUCCUCGAUCUUUCAAAUAACCAACUCACGGGAAAAAUUCCGGUCAAUGGAUCCUUUCAGCUUUUCACACCUAUCAGUUUUGCCAAUAAUCGCUUGGAGCCUCUCCCUGCAUCUCCACCUCCUCCAGUUCAACCAACAACUCCAUCUCCUUCUCGAGUUGGAAACAGUGCUACUGGAGCUAUUGCUGGAGGGGUUGCUGCUGGAGCCGCCCUUCUAUUUGCUGCUCCUGCAAUUGCACUUGCAUGGUACCGAAGAAGGAAGCCACAGGACCAUUUCUUUGACGUUCCUGCGGAGGAGGAUCCAGAAGUUCAUCUGGGACAGCUCAAAAGAUUCUCUCUACGUGAACUACAAGUUGCAACAGAUAAUUUUAGCAAUAAAAAUAUUCUUGGUAGAGGCGGAUUUGGUAAGGUUUACAAAGGCCGGUUAGCUGAUGGUUCUCUAGUAGCAGUCAAAAGACUAAAAGAGGAACGUACUCAAGGUGGAGAGCUGCAGUUCCAAACAGAAGUAGAAAUGAUCAGCAUGGCCGUGCAUCGAAAUUUACUUCGCCUGCGUGGCUUUUGCAUGACACCAACAGAGAGGCUCCUUGUUUAUCCUUUUAUGGUCAAUGGAAGUGUUGCAUCAUGCUUAAGAGAACGACCUGAAUCACAGCCUCCACUUGAUUGGGCAAUAAGGAAACGCAUAGCACUCGGGUCUGCAAGGGGACUUGCUUAUUUGCAUGAUCAUUGUGACCCGAAAAUUAUUCAUCGUGAUGUCAAAGCUGCAAAUAUAUUGUUGGAUGAGGACUUUGAGGCAGUCGUUGGUGACUUUGGGUUAGCUAAACUCAUGGACUACAAGGAUACACAUGUUACCACAGCUGUACGUGGAACAAUUGGUCAUAUAGCUCCUGAGUACCUCUCUACUGGUAAAUCUUCAGAGAAAACUGAUGUUUUUGGUUACGGUGUCAUGCUUCUUGAGCUUAUCACUGGCCAGAGGGCAUUUGAUCUUGCUCGGCUUGCCAAUGACGAUGAUGUUAUGUUACUAGAUUGGGUCAAGGGACUUCUAAAGGAGAAAAAGUUGGAAACAUUAGUUGAUGCAGAUCUUCAGGGUAAUUACAUUGAUGAAGAGGUGGAGCAGUUGAUUCAAGUUGCUCUACUCUGCACACAGAGCUCUCCAAUGGAGCGCCCCAAGAUGUCGGAAGUUGUCCGAAUGCUGGAAGGUGAUGGCCUGGCCGAGAGGUGGGAAGAGUGGCAAAAGGAAGAAAUGUUUCGUCAAGAGUUCAGUCACACACAUCACCCCAACACCGAUUGGAUAAUUGCUGAUUCCACUUCUAAUAUCCGACCUGAUGAACUGUCUGGGCCUAGAUGAUCUUUGGUUGUUCAGUUCUACGGUGCACAUUCGAAACUCUAGGCGGCCCUCCAUCUUUGAUUGAUAUUUUUUUGUAUAUGAUUUAUUUCUUUUCUCUAUCUUUUUUCUUCCGUUUUGUUUUUUCCGCUUUGUUAGCAUUCCAGUUUUCAUUAUGUUCCAGAAUUUUGAUGAUAAGGGAAGGUCUAUAUUCUGUAGGUCACUUUCAGGUGCGAUCAAAUCCAUUGCAGGUAUGGUGGUGGAAGCACCAAUGUUUUUUUUUUUUCUUAAACAUUUACCAGUGUACUCCAUUCUUAUGUGUGGAAUAGCUAAAGGUUGUUAAUAAAUAAUAAGCAGGUUCAUUUUGUUAGGGGGCAAA